UCAUUACCCCUCUGGGAGCCACGGAGAGAGGAGGAAAGGGAGAGGACUGGAGAGUAGGGAGAAUUCGACACACGGUUAAAAGCGAGAAGAAAGAUUGAAAGGAAAUAGAAACUGAAUACAAGAACUGAAGAUUUCUUUCAAGUUUCCACAAUUCUAAGUUGCUUACCGAAUUAGUGGCGUUUUGUCAAGUGAAGUGCGGCUUGGUAAUGCAUCAGUUGUGUGUUUAAGUAACUACCACAACCAGUACCACAACCACUACCACUACUACAUUGUGUUUUAUAAGUGCCUAAUCUAACAAAAUACACCGGUAUCUCUUGUGUACGUGUGUUCGUGCUUUCCAUCACUCGUGUGCACAUUUGGCGGUGUUUGUACCCCUCCAUGUGCACAUCCAGCAACGAGUGCGUGUAGGAAGAAGGAAGAAGGAAUUGAAGUCUGGCGUGGUACUCAGCCUCUCCCAGCUAUGUCUCCCGGAGUGCCCCAGGAUACCAGCCUUCUCGAUUUUAAUACAGAGGGCCCCACAAUGCUUCGAAGUGUUCGUCGUGAUGGCAGUUUGGUGGCGUCACGUGAGGGCAUAGAUCAGCGUGCCGUGGGGGGUCAUCUUUCCCUCGCUAAGAGAAACUCAACCCCCGUGGGCGCCGGCGUGGCCAUGGGCGUGUUAGGUGGAGGUCUGUCCACUGGGCGAAAUCAUAGCACUAGUGGGCCGGCAGCUUCUACAGGCCCAUCAGAGCACCGUCGCCUGGACCGCUGUCACUCUGAGCCAGCCAAGGGCGGCGGCAACUCCUCGCGGUACAAGACAGAGCUGUGCCGGCCCUUUGAGGAGCACGGCUUCUGUAAAUACGGCGACAAGUGCCAGUUUGCCCACGGCGGCGCUGAGCUGCGAACACUGAACAGACACCCCAAGUACAAAACUGAGCUGUGCCGCACCUUCCACACCAUCGGCUUCUGUCCAUAUGGUCCGAGGUGCCACUUCAUUCACAACGCCGAGGAGAGACGCGGCGCCCCUCCCCCGCCCUCCCCUGGCCCUAACCCUCCUCCCCCGAUCUCCCCACGGCCUCACAUCCUCAUGGGCGGCCUUGGCUCUGCUGCUGACUCGCCCUCCCCGCCCUCCUCGCUGCAUGGGUCGCCCACAACACCCUCUGCGUUCUUUGACGACACCUUCAAUUUGUUCCCGGGGUGUGGGCGCGGACGUGGGCUGCUGGAGGGCCUCACUGUGGGUCUCCAUGGCCUAGGUCCUGCUGGUCCCGCCUCUCCUUCCCCCGGGGGCUCGCUGCCAGGGCUGGACACGCCCCCGGUAAGCCCUGUGGAGUCCCUAGCUGGUGAUCUGGACUCGUUAUCUCUCUCCUCCUCCCACUCCACUUCGCCCACGCCACACACCCACGCCCUUGAUAUCCCGCGCUCCCUCCGGCUCCCUAUCUUCGAGCAGCUGUGUGAACAUGACUAAGGGACCUGUGAACCCUGAGGAGCCCCUGAAAACCCCCCAAAAGCUAGCCACAACUCAAGUAAUGUCCCUUAAAACGCCACAAACUGUCGCAAAACUCAAGUACCGCCCCUGCACAUGCCACAAAAUACCCUGAGACUCAAAUACCACCCCUGGAAACCCCACAGGAACUAUGCACAACCCUAGUAUUGUCCCUGGAAACCCCACAAACUGCCCUAAAACCGAGCUAUCUCCCCUGCAAACCCCACAGACUGCAUUUGGAACCAUGCCCGAUGCAAAUAGUAUCCUAGAAUCCCCAGUAAAGUUAUCCAGACCCCUGAAACCCCCACAGACACCGCAGAAACCCACAAAUGAUCCCUUAAAACCUACAUACCGCCCCUAAAUACCCCAAAGUCUCUUACAAACCCCCACAAACAACUCACAGAACCCAGAAUACCCAUAACACUAACCAAACGCUCCCUGAAGAACACCACAGACCAGUCAGCUCCCAAGCACUCCUGACAGGCCAGCCACAAGGUAAAUAAAGCACAAAUACCCACUUUCUUAAGGCAGACAAGGUCAGACUGACUGCCUUCUUAGUGUAAACAAGGCCACGGGUACCUCCACACUGGCUGACCUUCACAAAACCUGUCUAAAUGUAAACUAAUGAAAUUUUUUACCGUUUUUAUGCAAACUUCAAACAAUUUCUAGGCAAACAAACUGCCCUGAAAAGAAAUUAAAUAUAAACAAACCAGAUUUUUAUAUACAAACAACAAACAAACAUUUUUAUAUACAAACAACAUAUACAAAAAAACAGGUCCUUAGGUAUUUAAUCUCCAAAAAACAGCUUCCAAGGUAAACAAACUAUUUUUUUUACCCUGUUAAUUUACAAACGACCCUCCCAAAAAUGCCUGAAUGUAAACAAGGAUAUACCCGCACCCAAAGUCGUAAUCUCAAGUUUUUUUUUAAUGUAAACAAGGCUUUAAAUACUCUUUUUUUAAGUACACGUUCCAAAGUGUGACAUUUUAAGUUAAAUACGCCUGAAAUUACAGAUUAUUACAAAUAUUCAUUUUUUUGAGAUAAGCGCUAAUUCUCCCUUACAAAACCUAAACACUACAAAAAACACAACUAAACCCAAAAAAACCUUCACAAAAACCCAAAUACACUAAAAACACCCUAAAAAAAAACAACAAAACCCUUAAAACACUCUAAACCAAUCCCUGAAUUAAAAUUAAAAUCCCUAAGUUUCCCCUAAAAAAACCGCCCAAAACGUGACAAAACCCGCCCAAAAGUCAUGGUUGAGCUCAACGUAUUUUUAAUUAGUUAGGAACGUGGUGGGGUGGGGGGUGACGUUGGGCGAGGCAGAGGGAGAGGGAGGGGGGCUGGGGGUACUGUAUGCGUGGUGGGGGUGUUAGGGGGUGGUGAAAAUGUGAGUCCUUAUUUAAUGUGUCCCACUGUGUUUAAAAUGAGAGAUUCGCUUCUAUUUAUCUUUUAUUUAUUUAUUGGAGUGAUGGAAUGUAAAGUGGUAGAGAGAGAAGAAAGAUUUUUAAUUAUUUUCUAGAAUUAAUGCUCUUUUCAUUGUAGAUUUUUGAAUUGUGUGUUUAUUUCCCGCUUUCUGUUUUUUUUUCCCCAUUUUCCUUUCGUUCCUCGUUUUCUUUUUAAUCCUUUUUGUUGAGUUAUUGUGGUCUUUCUACUACUACUACAUCUAUCACCACAACUAAUUAAUACUACAACAACUGUACAACAACCACUACUACUACUAUGUCCACUACUGCUACUAGGAACAGAUAUACACACAAGAGAUGCCCUAUGGUGGUGUACGCUAGAUUAAUACAAUAGGUAAAAAUUUAGAUCAGUUAUUCCUUAGUGCUUAGCUCCUUGUUGCGUUGUGGUGAUGCUUCGUUCACUAGAAUGCGACCCUUAUUUAGUUCAUUGCUCUUUAUUAUUAUUAUUAUCAUUAUUAUUAUUAUUAUUGUAUAUUAAUUUAUAUCUAUAUUAUUUAAUGUUUUGUACUAUAUUAUUUAAUGAGAAGAUGAAGAUUUGUAAUUAUUUAGUGUGAUGAGGGACUGUGAGUGUAAAGUUGGUUAUUAUUAUUAUUAUUAUUAUUAUUAUUAUUAUUAUUAUUAUUAUUAUUGUAUAGUUAUUUUUUUAUUCAUCUACAAAAUUGUACAUAUUAAUAUUAUUAUUAUAUGAAAAGAACUUAUUUUACUCACUUUUCUUAAUUUCUUGUCUCAAAUUGUUCAUUAUUAUUAUUAUUAUUAUUAUUAUUAUUAUUAUUAUUAUUAUUAUUAUUAUUAUUAUCAUUGUUGUGUUUGUGUCGUAUUAUUAUCAUUUCUCCCUUUCCCUCUUUCUUAUUUGUUUUCUUUAGUUCCUUUUUCUUUUGAAGUUAAUAAAUAUUUUGUAAUUAUAAUUUAUUGAAAUAUUAAAUAGUUACUUUUAUCUUUAAUAUAUAUAUUUGUUUGUUUCUUCCCCUUUUUUCCCCUUGUUUGCUCUUGUUUCCUUCUUUCUUUCCCUUUAUUUUUUUUAUUUAUUUUUUUGGUCACUGGUUGGAGUUUUUUUUUUUUUACUUUUUUUUCUUUAUUUUUCCUCCUCCUCCUCCUCCUCCCCCUCCUCCUCCUCCUCCUCCUCCUCCUCCUCCUCCUCCUUAUAUAUAUAUAUAGGAAGGAGCCAGCGAUGUAUACAAAUUAUAUGAAUAUUAUUAUUAUUAUUAUUAUUAUUAUUAUUAUUAUUAUUAUUAUUAUUAUUAUUAUUAUUAUUAUGCUCCUACAAUCAUACAUACACACGCACAUAUAUAUAAAUUAUAUAUAUUACAUACAUAUAAAGUUGUGGUGUGUAUAUUAUUAUUAUUAUUAUUAUUAUUAUUAUUAUUAUUAUUAUUAUCAUUAUUGUACUAUUUUUCUUUUAUUUUCUCUCUUUAAAUGUAUAUUAUUUGUGUAUUUAAUUUAGUGUAAUAAUAAUAAUAUAUUUUUGUAUAGCUAACGUUAUUAUAAUUAAAAUCUCUCUCUCUCUCUCUCUCUCUCUCUCUCUCUCUCUCUCUCUCUCUCUCUCUCUCUCUCUCUCUCUCUCUCUCUCUCUCUCUCUCUCUCUCUGUCUUGCAAAAUAGCAUUAUUAUUUUAUUUAUUUUACUCUCUCUCUCUCUCUCUCUCUCUCUCUCUCUCUCUCUCUCUCUCUCUCUCUCUCUCUCUCUCUCUCUCUCUCUCUCUCUCUCUCUUGCACGCAAAAUAGCAUUAUUAUUUUCUUAUUUAUUUUACUCUCUCUCUCUCUCUCUCUCUCUCUCUCUCUCUCUCUCUCUCUCUCUCUCUCUCUCUCUCUGUUUAUUUAUCAUUAUUUUCUUAUUUAUUAUUUAUUUAUUUAUUGCCUACUUAUGUUUCUGCCUCCUAGGAGAAAGAAUUGUAAUAGUAAUAAUUCUAGUAAUUAUAUAUAUAUUAGUAAUCCGAGAAAAGAAAGACUAUGUAAUUGUAGAACCCGCGAUAUGGCAACACCGGCGUGAGUAAUAUAUAUAAAUAAUUAUAUAUAUAAAUAAUUAUAUAUGUGUAAUUGAAUACGGCCAUUAUUAUUUAUUUGGUUCAGCUCAAUAUUUAAUUUUCACUUUUUGUUACUUUUUAUUAUUAUUAUUAUUAUUAUUAUUAUUAUUAUUAUUAUUAUUAUUAUUAUUUGCAAGUAAUUUGGAUGUGAAUGUAAUUAAAAAGAACACAUUAAAUUUUUUCUAAUUUUUUA